AUUCGGACAAGAACGUGUCUUCAACCUCUUCUUGAACUACUUACUCAUCUACUCACUUCAUUUGUUCUUAGGUUGCCUGAAAUCGGUUACUAGAUACUAGGGCACCUCCAUAAAUUGACAUAUGGAGCGACCACCUCUCGCGACGUUUUCUUCUACAUCAUACUUCGACGAUCGUGGUCAUCACGGAUACGCACAACCAAUCACUGAACAUGUCAAUCCUCAUUCGCGCCCUAUAGUUUCGUAUUACUUCCCAAAAUAUGUAGGCGCUCAACACUAUGGCGAACAUCAUCCCAUGAAACCUCACCGGUUGACUUUGACCAAUGCGCUCGUUUUGGGAUAUGGUCUGGACAAGCAGAUACAUCACAUCUACAGUCCUCGGUCCGCGACCCAAGCUGAGCUUGAAGUAUACCAUGACCAUGAUUACAUCGACUUUCUCUCUCGGGUCACUCCACAAAAUCAGAAUGAAAUGAAACAUCUGAUAGACACUUUUAACUGUGUCGAGGACUGUCCCAUCUUCUCGGACAUGUACGAAUUCUGUCGCGCCUAUGCUGGAAGCUCACUGGCCGCUGCUCGGAAACUCUGUGCCGGUACUACCGAUAUCGCUAUAAACUGGUCUGGUGGCCUUCAUCACGCGAAGAAAGCCGAAGCUAGUGGUUUCUGCUACGUCAAUGAUAUCGUCUUGGCUAUUCUUGAACUUCUCAGAUAUCAUCCUCGUGUCUUGUACAUUGACAUUGAUAUCCACCAUGGUGAUGGUGUCGAACAUGCUUUCUACCACUCGAACCGUGUCAUGACCGUCUCCUUCCACAAAUACACUGGAGACUUCUUCCCAGGAACCGGAAAGCUAGAUGACAAUGGUGCUGGUCUAGGGAAACACUUCUGUCUAAACGUCCCCUUGCAGGACGGCAUUGACGAUGAUAUGUACCUAACACUAUUCAAGACGGUGAUAGAUGACACAGUAACAGCGUUCAGACCGGCCGCUAUUGUACUUCAAUGCGGUGCUGAUUCUCUGGGCUGCGAUCGAUUAGGAGCAUUCAACCUAUCAAUCGCUGCUCACGGAGAAUGUGUCAACUUCGUCAGAAAAUACAACGUUCCACUCCUUGUCGUUGGCGGUGGAGGUUAUAACAUUAAGAACGUCAGUCGCUGUUGGACUUACGAAACCGCUGUACUCGUUGGCGCAGCCGUCCCCGACGAGCUUCCUGUGACGAUUUACGACGCGUUUUUCCGGGACUCCCACUGGAAGCUACAUCCACCUUUGACAGGAAAAGUUGACAAUCAGAAUACAGCAGCUUCGUUGCAACGGAUCACCCUCAAUAUUCGUAAUAAACUACGUUACUUGCAGGGUGCUCCAAGCGUCCAACUGCAAGAGAUACCACCCAACCUUGCUGGAUGGUUAGAGGACGAGGAGCGAUCGAAAGAGGAGAAGGAUGAAGAGAGGAGUACUGCUCUAGCUGGUGAACGCAGGGAAGAUCGGUCAACAGCAAGGAACGAAUUCUUCGAUGGUGACAACGACGUCGACCAAGACGAUUCGGCCUCAGCAUCGACAUCAACUCCUCCUACGCGCGGAAGAGGAGCAACAUCAGGGCGAAGAGCAAGAGGACGCGGAAGAGGGCGUGGAAGAGGACGAGGGCGGGGUACCGCUAUGGCUGCAGCGGCGAGUAAGGGUGACGGUGAUGAGGAGGCCGACGAACCAACACCAGCGCCUCGUGGUCGAGGAAGGGGUAGGGGAAGAGGUCGUGGUCGAGGGCGCGGCAAGGCACAAGAAAAAGAUAGGGAUCGAGAUAAAGACAAGGGAUCUGAAAGUGAGGCAAUGGCUGUCGAUAAUGAACCGACACCUGCAACGCCGGCUUCGCUUGACGUCGAUAUUGCAUGAUUCAUAUAGCUAUGAUUGUAUGUUCUUGCAAUUUGCAUGGACCACCACCACUAUUAACACGAAGGAGUAAUCAGAAGUGCGGCUGCUUCAAGUUCAUUGAAGCUGGAAGCAAAAAUUAUCUCGACGCCAGCAGGAUUCGAACCUGCGCCCUCAAAGAGGAACAGAUUUCUAAUCUGUC